UAUGCUAAGAAAAAAUGAUUUUUCUUCUGCUGGUCUUCGGACUGGAUAAUGUACUUGGAAAAUCCAUCAGUUUACAUCAAGACAUGACAAAUGAGGAGAGACAUUUCUACUUUGGUGAUUCAACGGACAAAGAAAUAGAAAAGAACUACGUGCUCGGUUCACUACGGAAGAUUGAGAAGACUAAUAAUCUUCUAAGAAAACUUGUUGGCAGUGAAACUGAUGAUAAUGAGUAUAUGUUUGAAGCUUUUGAUAUCAACGUCAAACUUAAUCUAAAAAACAAUGAUAACCUCGUAUCUCAACGUGCUAGUGUAGUCUAUAUGGGGGAAAAUGGAGAAGAGAAUCGGAAACGAGUAAAUUCUAAACUGUUGAGCUGUCAAAUGAUCCAUAUUGAUGAAAAUGUUACAGCUGCAAUCUCCAGCUGUACUGAAGGCAAAUUCAUGGGCUUUAUAACAACACCGGAGGAUACUUUUGAGCUGACUCCUCUUACAGAUCGGCUGAAGAGCAUGCUGUUUUUGUUCAGAAAUACAAAUGUUUUGAACAUUUUUGGGGGCGAUGAGGAGGUUUUAGUCAAUGAACAUUAUAUUGUCAAAAGAGCAACCUUCCCUAAUUUUGAUUCUCAUGAUUCUACAGCUUUUUCGGAUUGGGAGGUUGAGGUGGAUGAUACUAUUCUAGACAUUGAACUAUUUGAAACUGAAAUGUCAGACACUUCCACCCCCAAGCUUAUUGAAACAGCAAUAUUUUUCGAUCACAUUGCAUACAACAAGUUUUCAUCAGUGUAUAGUGAUGAUGAAAUAGAAGAACUUCUCUUGUCUUACGUAAACCAAGUUCAAGCUCUGUAUCAAGUAAAAAGCCUAGGACAAACUGUUGAUAUAAUGAUUGUUUAUCUGGAAAUUCAAAAAACUGAACAGUUUGAGAACCAUGAUGGAGAAAGGGUAGCGUUGCUGACCUCAUUCUGCAACUACAACUCGGUUAUGAAUCCUGAAGACGACCAAGCAAAUCCUAGGCAUUGGGACAUAGGGAUUCUUGUAAGUGGACAAGACAUAUGGGGACAGAGCAAUGGCGUCAAGACGUACGAUACUCUUGGUCUGGCAAGAACAGGAUCAAUGUGCCAUCCUGAUAUCUCAUGUCUGGCAGUUGAGUUUGGAGUGUGGGGAGCACUAGGAAACAAUUAUCCAACUUCAGGGUUCAGUGCGGCAUACACGCUUGCACAUGAACUUGGACAUACGCUUGGUAUGUCACACGAUGGGUUCAAUAAUGAAUGUGAGAGCCAUGGGUUCAUUAUGGCUGCAACCAGAGGGUCCCGUGGACAGACCGAGUGGUCUAAAUGCAGUGCACAGAAAUUGCUCCAAUCUGAAUCCCUCUCCUGUUUGUAUGACAGACCGCAUGAAAAACUAAAAUGGGAUCACAACAAUACGAUGGGUGUACCUGGACACUUCAUAGCUGCAGAUGAGCAGUGCAAAUUCUACUUCCAUGACUCGGAUAAGGCCGAGGUUGAGAAUAAUCAAGCUGAUGCAGAUUACUGCAAGGUUCUUAAAUGCAGAAAUGGGGAAACUGUUCAAGAGACUGGACCCCCUCUAGAAGGGACUAGAUGUGGAGGAGACGGAUCAAGUUGGUGCAAGCAGGGUGAAUGUGUUCCUAUUCAAGCAGCUCAGUGGUCCUAUGCACGAAAGAACUCUUGUAGAUCUGGUUGUCUGGCUAAAUCUACGGGUUACCAGGAGGUUGAUCGUGUUUGUUUGAUUCUAGAAGGUUUUGAGGACCAGGAUUGUGAGGGUGCACAGAGCUGGGUUGAGCUGUGUGAUGAUGCUCAUCUUUGUGGAACCAGGAGCUGUUCAUCUUCACGCAGAAGUAGAACCCAAACUGCAGAGUUAGCGUGUGAAAAACAUGCUAAAUUCUAUUCUGUUCUUGACGAAUUUAAUCCUGUUGGGAAACCAGCAAAAUAUUCUGAAGACAAACCAUGGCAGGCCUGUUCUGUAUACUGUCAGACAAAGGAUGAAUCGGAGUGGAUUUCACCACGUGGGGUUUUCUUCCCUGACGGCACGUGGUGUCAUAAUGAUGGGACACAAGAUUAUUUUUGCAGGAACCAUUUAUGCUUAGCAAGUAACUACACUGAUACCCAGAAGUAUUACAAUAAUAACAGACGACAUCUUUAAAAUCAAAUUAGAAAAUGUAAAAAAUGUUUGUUUACAUCAAGCGCAUACAAUCAAUACCAAACCCAAAUGUUUUUCUUCAAACUGUUAAAAUUUGUAAGCUAUUUAUUUGUGAUUUUAAACAGCUUUUUUGCACUUUGAAAAAAACUGUUGAAUACAACACCAAAAUCCAACUUUUAAAACGUUGUAACUACAUGUAUUUAAGAUUAUAUUGAUUAUUGUUUUUUUGUUUUUAGAUCUAUUCAUCCAUACUUUUU